CGACAUGACAUGAUAAUUUCGUUGCUAAGGGUUGGUAUUAAUAUUGGUUACUAAACUAACAACUUCAAAUUAACCAUAAAUUAACAUAACCUAUAAUGUUGAUGAUGGUGAUAUGUCCAUUUUUCUUUGAUGAUUUGUUUGAUUUAUUCAGAUUAUAAUCAGACUGAAAUGAAAAGAAAAACUAAGCCUGCAAGCAAUGACCAUUUGAAAUUAUCCCAAAUUAUAAAGGACGUCCACAAAAACUUACGUGAAGAUGCAAAACGUCUUGGAACACAAAAAGCUUGGAUUAAUCAUUGUAAACAGGAGGAAAGCCUUUUAAGAUAUGCUCAAGCCAUGAAAGAACUUGCAACAAGACACUGGGAAAAAAAUUAUAAUAAUAACUGUAAAGCAAAAUCACGAAUCAAAUGGAUUUAUGAAUAUUGUAGACUAUACUUUUUUGAUGGGGAGCUACUGAGACAAAGACGUCGUGAAAUAGAAAUAGCAAGAAAAAUUGUAGCAAAUGAGAGUUGUGAACGUUAUUUACUUGGUAGUUUCAUAGAUAGUAGUGAAGAGAACUUAUUUGAUGUCAAAAGUGAAUUAGAAGAAAAAAUGUACUCGGAAAGCAAUGCAAAAUGCUUAAAAUUAUUGGAUGUUGGCAGUUGCUACAAUCCAUUUAAUGAAUUUCCAUGUUUGGAUGUGUUGGCAGUUGAUAUAGCUCCUGCCAGUUCAGAUGUAAAGUGGUGUGAUUUUUUGGAAGUAAAUAUAAUAAAUAAGAAACCUGAUUUAUCACAACAUCCUAUAAAGGAACUGCAGGACUGCAGUUUUCAUAUAGUUGUUUUCAGUUUGCUUUUGGAAUACCUGCCAAGUCCAGAACAAAGAUUAAACUGUUGCUUAAAUGCAUAUAAAGUUCUACAACAUGAAGGAAUUUUGUUGAUCAUUACCCCAGAUUCAAAACAUGUUGGUUCAAAUGCAAAAAUAAUGUUAACUUGGAGAUUCAUACUAUCAGAAAUAGGGUUUUCAAGGAUAAAAUAUGAAAAACUCCCUUAUUUACAUUGUAUGGCUUUCAGAAAAAGUAUUAACAUUAAUAUAGCAAAAAGGUGGGCUCAGCUGCAAGACAACGAAAAGUUUUAUAAAAACAUGUAUAUUCCUCAAGAUUUGAACAAUAAAGAAAUGAAAAAAUUGUAGGGGUGUGAUUAAUCUUAUUUAAAUUAAGCGCCAUCUAAGUUUAUAAUGCAGUAGAAGAAAAAGAAGAAUCGACAUAAUUACUAGGAUCUUUAAAAACAACUCUAACUGCAGUUGUUAUUCGUUGGUAAGGUCAACUUCAACCAAAAGUAAGAACAUCCCAGUAGUAA